CUGCUAUGUUUCUGAACUAUGUUUUAGCCGUAACUAUCCAGGUAAUGUUUUGAAUAAUGGUGACCCAGUAUUAAUGACAGUCCCACCCAUCAGUCAGUAUCCUCACUCUGUUACAUUCACUACACUACCUGAUAUGCCAAACAAUUUCUACAGUAUAGCAGUACCUGCUGAUUCUUAUUACAGUGGUACUGUAAUCAUUAAUGGCAGCCUUACCACAUUAAACUGGACACCAAUCAGAGAUACUAAUGGAGUUAUCACUGGAUAUGGAUACAAUACUACAGUCUAUGGAUCUUCUACUAUCAGUCACAGUCAUGCUAAUGGCAGGAUAUAUGUCAGUGCUUAUGGAUUUUCACUUGGUGGUGGAUAUGGAUACCCUGCUGGAAUUCUAUUGCAACCAAUAAAUUGUGUACCAAUCUUUAUUUUUAAUUCAACUCUUUAUUAUGCUACAGAAGGUGACAAUGAAGCAAUGAUAUUCAUUCAAAAGCAAAAGAUAAAUUCAUCCAUCAAUGUUAUACAAGUUUCAUCAAAAGAUUUUAACGAGACAGUGAUCUUUGCUUCUGGGGAGACAAUUAAAGCAGUAUCUCUACCAAUACCUGAUGAUCACUAUACCGGUAGCACUGAGUACAUAAACUUGACUCUUAAUUCAGAAACAGACGAGGAGACUUGUGCAGAAACAACAAUUGUCAUUAAGGAUAACGAUGGUGAAUUAAUGUUGUUUUAGCUAAAUCUAAACUUUUAUUGGGGAAGAAUUCAUAAUACUACUUGAUGCAUAU